AUGUCUGAGACUCCUGACAUCAAACUCUUCGGCAGGUGGAGCACUGAUGAAGUCCAGAUCAAUGGCAUCUCCCUCCAGGACUACAUCACGGUGAAGGAGAAGUAUACCAAGUACCUGCCACACAGCGCUGGGCGCUAUGCUGCCAAGCUCUUCUGCAAGACCCAGUGCCCCGUUGUGGAGAGGUUAACCAACUCCAUGAUGAUGAACAGCCACAACAACAGCAAGAAGCUGAUGACUCUGUGCAUCGUCAAGCACACCUUCAAGAUCACCCACCUGUUCACUGGGGAGAACCCACUGCAGGUGCUGGUCAAUGCCAUCAUCAACUCAGGGCUGCAUGAGGACUUGACAUGCAUUGGGUGGGUGGGCACUGUGCGCACCGUGGACAUGUUCCCUCUGUGCCACGUCAGCCAGGCCAUCUGGCUGCUGUGCAUGGGUGCCUGUAAAGCUGCCUUCUGCAACAUCAAGACCAUCAUGGAGUGCCUGGCAGAUGAAUUCAUCAACACUACCAAGGGCUCCUCCAACUCCUACACCAUCAAGAAAAUAGAUGAAAUGGAAAGACUAAGUCUUAACAUUUUAUGCUCAUACAAAGUGGCACAGAACUAA